AUGGCACUUCGCAGCCUGCGAGGUCUUCUGUCUCCCAGCUCCGCCUCUGUCCGCAUUGCGACUCCGAUCGCCUCGGUCUCGCGCAGACACGCAACAACCAGGGCAGCACCAGCUCGGCCCUCCGCCUCAGCAGCAUCAACCCCCGCAGCAUCCUCGCCCAAUUCUUCCACUCCUACUCCAGCCUCGAGUUCCAACCCCAUCUCGUCUCACCAAGACUUGUCUGAAGCGACCAAUGGCGAGCCAGGAGGAACGACUCCGGGAGAGAAUUGGGCAAUCAGUUUUGCGGGCAUGAGCGUUCAACCUUUCGAUUCGAGGAUCGCGGAUGUGCUGGAAGCGCCCAUCAAGGAGGAAGACGUGGAGAUCAAGCCGGGUGAGUAGCAUACAUGCGUCGACUUGUCUCUACAGUGUUUCGCCUGACCACCACUCAUCUGCUCUCGCAUCAGAUGGAUUGCUCUAUCUUCCCGAGAUCAAGUACAGACGUAUUCUAAAUAGAGCCUUUGGACCUGGCGGGUGGGGAUUGGCACCUCGAGGCGAGACCAAUGUAGGCGCAAAGAUUGUCAGCAGAGAGUGGGCGCUGGUGUGCCUCGGACGGUAAGUCAAGUCGAGUCAUCGUGUCUGCCCUCUUUCCGCACUUUGCUCACCCUACCUUGGUCGCCCGCUCUCUGUGUGCUGCGCUGACUUUUCACCAUGGCAGCUUCGUUGCCACAGCUCGCGGCGAGCAGGAAUACUUUGACCCUUCGGGAGUGGCUACAGCUUCGGAAGCAGCCAAGUCGAACGCUCUGGUCAGGUGCUGCAAGGACCUAGGUAUCGCGCACGAACUUUGGACUCCGCGAUGGAUCGACAACUUUAAGAGCAAGCAUUGCAUCGAGGUCUGGGCAGAGAAUGCUACAACCGGUAGAAAGUGAGUGGUCCACAUUUCACCUCGUUGGGGCAUCUUCACCCUCUCAACGUACACGACGGACUAAUGCUUUCCUCGGCCAUGCUCUCGCAGGCGCAAGCUCUGGCGCAGAAAGGACGCGUCUCCAUUCCAGUACCCAAACAAGGAGGUCAGGAGCUGA